AACUUUGGUUGUGUUUGUGAAGGGACUUUGCUGGAGGAAGAUGACAUAGAACUGAAAGUAGCUGUAAAAACGCUACAAGAUACCGAUGCUGGAGAAAUUAAUCUGAAAGAAUUCGUAGAAGAAGCUUUGCUGAUGAAAGAUUUUGAGCAUCCCAAUGUUUUGAAGCUAAUAGGCAUAACAUUAUCCAAGGAUAGUUCGCCCUUGGUCAUAUUACCAUUUAUGGGCAAUGGAGACUUGCUGAAAUAUGUUUCGGACGAGGAAAAAGAAAUAUCUUUAAAUCAGAUGAUAAUGUUUGCUAUUGAUAUAAGUCGCGGUAUGGAAUAUUUGGGAAGUUUAAAAUUUGUACAUAGAGAUCUAGCGGCUAGAAACUGUAUGUUAGAUGAUCAUUUCCAUGUGAAAGUGGCCGAUUUUGGUUUAACAAGAGAUAUCUAUGAAAAAGGUUAUUAUCAUAGUGAGAAUAAAAAGACCAAAUUACCAAUACGUUGGAUGGCUAUUGAGAGUAUAGAAAGAGGGACGUACAGCUCCAAGUCCGAUGUCUGGUCGCUCGCUGUGGUAAUUUGGGAGUUAUUAACAAGGGGAGUAACUCCGUAUCCCGGAGUGGAAGGUUGGGAUGUUAUUGCAUACUUGAGGAGUGGAAGAAGACUACGAAAACCAUGGUUUAGCGACGACACGCUAUAUUCCUUAAUGCUAGCCUGUUGGAAUAAAGAUAUAGAGGCUAGACCAGACUUCACUGAAGUCACUGGUCAGUUAAAUGAUAUUUUACACGAAUAUGAGACGUCAUCUCAUGGUUUCACCACGGAUACAUUUGGAAAACAGGUUCCUAAUCCUCCAACACUAGUGACUAUUCCAGACUGUUAUAAUUACUAUGAAUCGCUCAGUCCACGGACAGUUGAAACGCAGCAGUAUUUUGUGUUGGAAAAGAUAACCUCACACUUAUAA